UCUUGUCACACAGCUUCCUUGGGGAAGCGGCAGCCUGGCGAGGGCCGGUGGGAGCCCGCGAUUUUGGAGCUGGGGUGCUGAACACAGAGGAGCCCUUGGCCCUUGGAAGGUUGCUGAGCCACGGCCCAGAAAAGUGGAGAGUGUCCAAGAAAAUGCACCUCAGUGAUUCCAGGCAGGCCCUGAAGGGGGCGCUGCUCUGCUCCCUGCUCUCAGCUCUGCUGCUCCAAGUGGCCGUCGGGCUGGAGUGCUACAGCUACAUGGGCACCUUCAUGGGCAGCGUCUCUCUGGGCGAGGUGCCCAAGGUUAUGUGCGGGCCGGCGCAGAACGUCUGUGCCGAGGGGCUGAUCGCCUUGGGCAUCGGGGACCAGCGGGUGCUGGUUAUGAUGAAGAAGGGCUGCCAUGCGGCGCAGAUUCGGGACCUCUCCAUCGUUCCCGACUGGCCGUAUCUCCCCAUCUACUCUCACACCCGCUUCUGCAACGCCAGCCUCUGCAACCACCGGUACCGGGACAAUAGCCUCAUCCCGGCCUUUCCCACAGCGCCCCCAGGCAACGCCUCGGCCAGUCUCUUGUGUUACACCUGCCUCGGGACCACCCCGGAGAGCUGCUCCCUGCGCCAGGCCCAGCAGAGCCGCUGCUACGAUGACUCCCCGAGGUGCUUCGGCGGGACGGGCACGGCCACCAUCGGGGGAUUUGCAGUCCCCAUCUAUUUCCGCUCCUGCCACGCAGUGGGCUGCGUGUCAAUCACGUCGUGGGACCCUUGGCUGAAGAUCCAGCUUGAGGGGACAUCCUGCUGUGCCCAGCCCCUGUGCAACCACGCGCCAGAGCCGGCACCCACAGCCAGCCCCCGCCCCUCGCACACAGCCUCCACCCGGGACCGCCCCGCCAAUGCAAGCCCCCGGCCCGGGCUGCCCCUGCCCACGCUGCUGCUGCUGCUGCUGCUGGGGGGCUGGGCCUGGGGGGCUGAGAGGGCUGCUCUGGGAUCAGAGCAGGGAUGGAGAAACCCCCUUUAGAGGACCCCUCCCAGUCCUGGGUGCACCAUAAGGUCCGUUGAGCCAGCCCCAGCCCAAUAUCCCAAUGCCCCAGUUCCCACUGUGCCCAGCUCCUCCCAGCCACCCCAGAGAAUCCCACCCUUUGCCCCUCAAUGCACCACAACCCCCAUGAAGUGAUGGAGAUGCUGCCCAGGGCUCUUUAAUACCCGUCACUCUGGAGCAGGGGAGACGCUGUCCCUGCUAGGUGCCCCCACCCCCCACCAAACCCCCCAGUCCGAUCGCACUUCAUGUGCGGACUGGCGAUUUCUUUGGAAAUGUGCAAUGGCUGAGCCGGAUACCCUGGAGCUGCCCCAUCUGGCCAAGCUGAGGGUGUUCAGUGGUAGCUGAGGGACGGCUGCUCUGGAUCAGCCCCAAGGGCCCAUCUACCCCGGUGUCCCGCCUCCUCCUUGCCCCCUGGAUCGGCCCUGUGAUGGGCUGUACCCCACAGGGUGCAGUCUGGGAGCUGUUGGAACUGCUGUGCCCCCUUGAUUAUUCAGAGGGGCUGGCUCAGCCUGUCUCUCCAGGCCCUGUUGUUACCCAACACGACAGCAGGUGGCGCCACACACCCUACUGAGUUACCUGAGUGCUUUACCAUAAGCCACUCAUAGACACCAGUUUGGCCAAUGAAACGCCAGCCAGUUUCCCAGCUCCCCCGCCUUGCACCCCUACUGGAGUAUAAACCCAGAAUUAGACCAUCGGGCGCUGCACAGGGAUCUGUACGGUGCAAGCUCAUUAAUUAACUUGCUCAUUAAGUAACUUGAUGUGGGGAAGUUGUGCAACAAGCCUGUGUUAGCCAAGCUGAGGUUUUCCCAGACACUUCACUCAAAACCCCUCUGGUUAAGAUAAAACACGUUUAUUAACUACAAAAGAUCGAUUUUAAGUGAUUAUAAGUGACCGCAAACAGAUCAAAGCAGAUUACCUAGCAAAUAAACAAAGACACAAACUGGGCGUAAUCCUUGUGCUUGUGUGUAUUUCCUCAAUAAGCCAUCAACACUGGUUGGCUUUUUUACUGUUGUACCUGAAAGGCUGCUCGUGGGUGUUCCCAAACUUCCCGUACAAACCUUCCCGUACA